AUGCCUCCAACUGGGCUUCUACAAGGGGACCCUGCUCCCAACCACGGAGAACCGAGCAGCCCUCCUGCGUCCUCCGUCCCGUCCUUCAACGGCUCAACGCUACCCGCGCCAUCUGGCUUCAGACUAACCCCACCCCAAGGUCCUCCACUUCCACAAUCUGUACCCGUCGACGGCUCAGGGUCAACAGAUCUGCCUUACGUUGUUCAACCAGUGUCCGUUCCCCCCUCUUCUUCUUCCCUCCCUCCCGUUAACGACCCAACCCCAACUGGACUUUCACAACCCAUCCCUGCUCCCAACUCUCCCGUACCAACUAAUUCCGCAGUCCCCACUGGCGUCCCCAUGCCCAACAUUAGCAGCGCACCUGUCAAAGGUCUCGCAACAUCUGGUGUCCCACCUGUUUCCGCCCCAGACCCUCCCGCGGCGUCUAUCCUCCCUUCUAUACCAUCCGUCGAUGGAACGCCCAAACUUUCUGGUGUUCCUGAUGUUGAUCGCCCACCGUCACUCCCACGCCAGGAUCAUAUUAAAGAUGACGAAUGUCAUAUUCGGUGCUUAGGAUUUCAUAUCCAUUGA